AGUUCUUCUGAAGUGACUGUUUCUCUUUCAGCUGAGACGCCGUUUUGUUGCUGUUGGGAGAAAAUAAUAAUAAAAACUCCAACUCCAGGCGGAACCGGUGAGAUUAAUGAAGCCCAGCAUGGAGUGCUGAGUAAAACAGAGGUCUCAAUCCCCUGAUUACUGAGCUGGUCACCUCACCUCCUGUCUGGAGGAGUGUAAUUCAUUCACUCCAAGAGAUCAGUGUCUUCAGGAAUCAGCAGUGAGUCCAUGAGCCGUGUGUCCAUACACUAAUAUUCAAAAAUGGAGAGCUGUGAUCUGGACACAGAUAAUGUGACCCCACCCUCAGAAAAGCGUAAACUCCAGAUGAAGAGAUCAAACUCACCAGAACCCAGCUGUGUCUCCAUGAAGAGUGAUCGGUCUAUGGAUCCUCCUUGGAGGUUUAACAGUGGAAACCCCUCAUCUGUCCACAGUAAACUCCAGAUGAAGAGAUCAGACUCACCAGAACCCAGCUGUGUCUCCAUGAAGAGUGAUGGGUCUAUGGAUCCUCCUUUGAAUUUUAACAGUGGAAUCCCCUUAUCUGUCCACAGUAAACUCCAGAUGAAGAGAUCAGACUCACCAGAACCCAGCUGUGUCUCCAUGAAGAGUGAUGGGUCUAUGGAUCCUCCUUUGAACUUUAACAGUGGAAACCCCUCAUCCGUCCACAGUGAUUUACAGAAGGCAGGAGACAGAAGAGAAAAGAUCUUCAUCACAGAUACAGGACACGCCCCAGAAUCUGCUGCUGGAAAUGAAGUCCAGAAAAAGUUCAAAUUAAAUCUGAUGAAGAAGUUUCACUGUUUAAAUGAAGUGAUAAUAAAGCAGGAAAACCGAGUGCUCCUGAAUGAGAUCUACACAGAGCUCUACAUCACAGAGGGAGACAGUGGAGACAUCAAUAAAGAACAUGAGGUCAGACAGAUCGAGGCAGCAUCCAGGAGAAAAACAAGAGAGGAAAGACCAAUCAAAUGCAACGACAUCUUUAAGCCCUUAUCUGAAGAAGACGAACUCAUCAGAACUGUAGUGACAAAGGGAGUGGCUGGUAUCGGAAAAACAGUCUCUGUGCAGAAGUUCAUUGUGGACUGGGCUGAAGGGAAAGCAAAUCAGGAUAUCCCCCUCAUAUUUCCACUUCCUUUCAGAGAGCUGAAUCUGAUGAAGGACCAAAAACUGAGUCUGAUGGAGCUCCUUCAUGACUGUUUCAAGGAAACCAAAGAAACAGAAAUGUCCGGGUUGGGAAAGGUUCUGUUCAUUUUUGAUGGAUUGGACGAGUGUCGUUUCCCUCUGGAUUUCCAGAACACAGUGAGAGUGUGUGAUGUAACUGAAUCAGCAUCAGUGCGUGUGCUGCUGAUAAACCUGAUCAAAGGGAAUCUGCUUCCCUCUGCUCUCAUCUGGAUCACCUCCCGACCAGCAGCAGCUGAUCAAAUCCCCUCUGAGUAUGUCCAUCGAGUCACAGAAGUACGAGGGUUCAAUGACCCACAGAAGGAGGAGUACUUCAGGAAGAGGGUCAGUGAUCAGAGCCUGGCCAAGAACAUCAUCACACACCUGAAGUCAUUAAGAAGCCUCUACAUCAUGUGUCACAUCCCAGUCUUCUGCUGGAUUUCAGCCGCUGUUCUCGAGAGAAUGUUGGGUGAAGCAGAGAGUGGAGAGAUCCCCAAGACUCUGACUCAAAUGUACACGCACUUCCUCAUCAUUCAGACAAACAUCAUCAGAGGAAAGUACUCAAAGAAGCAGGAGAGUGAUGAAGAAAUGCUUCUCAAACUGGGAAAACUGGCUUUUGAGCAGCUGGAGAAAGGCAACCUGAUCUUCUAUGAGGAAGACCUGAGAGGGUGUGGCAUUGAUGUGACAGAAGCAGCAGUGUACUCAGGUGUGUGUACGCAGAUCUUCAGAGAGGAGGUUGGGCUUCACCAGAGUAAAGUGUACUGCUUUGUUCAUCUGAGCGUUCAGGAGCAUCUCGCAGCUCUGUAUGUUCAUCUGACCUUCAUGAAGGAAAAGAGAAAUGUUCUUGAUCAGAGUUGGUCCAGUUGUUAUUUGUAUUUUUGGUCCUUAAAGACAAUUUCAGAUGUACACAGGAGUGCGGUCGAUCAGACCUUAAAAAGUCAGACUGGAUAUCUGGAUCUGUUCCUCCGCUUUCUUCUGGGUCUCUCACUGAAGUCCAGUCAGAAACUCUUACAUGCCUUAGUAACACAGACAGGAAGUAGCUCCUCGACAGGAAAGAGGAAAACAGUUCAGUACAUUAAGAAGAAGAUCAGUGAAAAUCUUCCUGCAGAAAAAUCCAUCAAUCUGUUCCACUGUCUGAAUGAACUGGGUGAUGAUUCUCUAGUGGAGGAAAUCCAACACUACCUGAAAUCUGGAAAACAAAGUGAACUCUCUCCUUCACAGUGGUCUGCUCUGGCAUUUGUGUUAUUGACUUCAGCACAGGAGCUGGAGGAGUUUGACCUGAGUAAAUAUACCAGUUCAGAGAAGAUACCAGAUGAGGUUCUUGUGAAGGUGAUGCCUGUGAUUGCAGCAUCCAGAAAAGCAAUGAUCAGAUGUGAUACAAUUGAAGGGAGAAGCGCUGAAGCUCUGGUCUCAGUGCUCAACUCAGAAACCUCCAGUCUGAGAGAACUGCAUCUGACUGUGAAGACACUGGAUCUGACUGGGAAUAAACUAGAAGACUCAGGAGUGAAGCGUCUCUGUGCUGUACUGGAGAAUCCUCACUGUAAACUGGAGGCACUGAGGUUGUGUGGUUGUGGUGUCUCAGAUGAAGGCUGUGCUGCUCUGAGUUCAGCUCUGAGAUCAAACCCCUCACACCUGAGAGAACUGGAUCUGACUAAUAAUAAUCUGGGAGACUCAGGAGUGAAGUGUCUCUGUGCUGUACUGGAGAAUCCUCACUGUAAACUGGAGACACUGGGGAUCAGUUGUGAGACAAUUAAAGGGAGAAGUGCUGAAGCUCUGGUCUCAGUGCUCAACUCAGAAACCUCCAGUUUGAGGGAACUGCAUCUGACUGUGAACACACUGGAUCUGACUGGGAAUAAACUAGAAGACUCAGGAGUGAAGCGUCUCUGUGCUGUACUGGAGAAUCCUCACUGUAAACUGGAGACACUGGGGUUGCGUGGUUGUGGUGUCUCAGAUGAAGGCUGUGCUGCUCUGAGUUCAGCUCUGAGAUCAAACCCCUCACACCUGAGAUACCUGGAUCUGUCUAAUAAUAAUCUGGGAGACUCAGGAGUGAAGCGGCUCUGUGCUGUACUGGAGAAUCCUCACUGUAAACUGGUGACACUGGGGAUCAGUUGUGAGACAAUGAAAUGGAGAAGCGCUGAAGCUCUGGUCUCAGUGCUCAACUCAGAAACCUCCUGUCUGAGAGAACUGCAUCUGACUGUGAAGACACUGGAUCUGUCUGGGAAUAAACUAGAAGACUCAGGAGUGAAGCGUCUCUGUGCUGUACUGGAGAAUCCUCACUGUAAAGUGGAGACACUGAGGUUGUGUGAUUGUGGUGUCUCAGAUGAAGGCUGUGCUGCUCUGAGUUCAGCUCUGAGAUCAAACCCCUCACACCUGAGAGACCUGGAUCUGACUAAUAAUAAUCUGGGAGACUCAGGAGUGAAGCGUCUCUGUGCUGUACUGGAGAAUCCUCACUGUAAACUGGAGACACGUGGUUGUGGUGUCUCAGAUGAAGGCUGUGCUGCUCUGAGUUCAGCUCUGAGAUCAAACCCCUCACACCUGAGACAACUGGAUCUGACUAAUAAUAAUCUGGGAGACUCAGGAGUGAAGCGUCUCUGUGCUGGACUGGAGAAUCCUCACUGUAAACUGGAGACACUGGGUGUCAGUUGUAAUACAAUUGAAGGGAGAAGCGCUGAAGCUCUGGUCUCAGUGCUCAACUCAGAAACCUCCAGUCUGAGAGAACUGCAUCUGACUGUGAAGACACUGGAUCUGACUGGGAAUAAACUAGAAGACUCAGGAGUGAAGCGUCUCUGUGCUGUACUGGGGAAUCCUCACUGUACAGUGGAGACACUGGUGUUGUGGGGUUGUGGUGUCUCAGAUGAAGGCUGUGCUGCUCUGAGUUCAGCUCUGAGAUCAAACCCCUCACACCUGAGAUACCUGGAUCUGUCCUUUAAUAAUCUGGGAGACUCAGGAGUGAAGCAUCUCUGUGCUGUACUGGAGAAUCCUCACUGUAAACUGGAGAGACUGGGGUUGUGUGAUUGUGGUGUCUCAGAUGAAGGCUGUGCUGCUCUGAGUUCAGCUCUGAGAUCAAACCCCUCACACCUGAGAUACCUGGAUCUGACUAAUAAUAAUCUGGGAGACUCAGGAGUGAAGCGUCUCUGUGCUGUACUGGAGAAUCCUCACUGUAAACUGGAGACACGCGCUUAA